AUGGAACCAGGAAAUCAAACAAAUGUUUCCGAAUUUUUCCUCCUGGGUUUUUUGCAGGACUCAGAGCAUCAACCCAUCCUAUUCGGGCUGUUCCUGUCCAUGUUUGUGGUCACCGUGCUCGGGAAUCUACUCAUCAUCCUGGCCAUCAGCUCUGACUCCCACCUCCACACCCCCAUGUACUUCUUUGUCUCCAAUUUGUCCUUUGCUGACAUCUGUUUCACCUCCACUACUGUCCCAAAGAUGCUGCUGAACAUCCAGACACAGAGCAAAUCCAUCACUUACGGAGGCUGCAUCAGUCAGAUAUAUUUUUUCAUGGUCUUUGGAGGUAUGGACACUUUUCUCCUCACUGUGAUGGCCUAUGACUGGUUUGUGACCAUCUGUCACCCACUGCACUACCCAGUCAUCAUGAACCCCCACCUCUGUGACCUGCUGGUUCUUGUGUCCUGGUUCAUCAGCCUGUCAUACUCCCUGAUCCAGAUUCUGUUGAUAUUGCGGCUGUCCUUCUGUACCAAUUGGGUAAUUCCACGCUUUUACUGUGAACUUGCUCAGGUCCUCAUGUUUGCCUGCUCAGACACACUCAUCAAUCAUAUCCUACAAUAUAUGAUGACUGGCCUUCUUGGCAUUUUUCCUUUCUCAGGGAUCAUUAUCUCCUGCACCCAAAUUGUCUCCUCAAUCCUGAGAGUCCCAUCAGCUAUUGGGAAAUAUAAAGCAUUUUCUACCUGUGUGUCUCACCUGUCUCUGGUUUCUUUAUUCUUUGGGACAGGCCUGGGUGUGUAUCUCAGUCCUGAUGCAUCUUCCUGGACGGGCAUGAUUGCCUCUUUGAUGUACACUGUGGUCACCCCAAUGCUCAACCUGUGGAACAGGGACAUCAAGAGGGCUCUACAAAAUGUUCUCAGGAGAACACUCUAUGUUCAGUGA